UUAUUUUUCUUGAAUCCUAACGCCAACCAGACCGGGUCAACUUUCAUUUUCCUCAGCUAAAUAAACCGCUCCUCAACUAAAUUUUCCCUCCUCUGUCUCUCUGUUCUCCCUUCCUCUCUUACACAACAACAAAAUGACGGUGUUUAGCAACUCCGGUACCGGAAAACAGGUUUUUCCGAUUGAUUAUCAGGCAGAAGCUUCACAGCGUCUAGUUGACGCCUCACAUGCAAAUGACUUGAAGGUGGCGAGUGAAUUACUCGGCGAGCCGUUUCUGGACGUUAAUUUUAUUGGCACGGUGAGCUUGAAAGCGAAGAAGACUGAGAUUUUGUUGCGCGAUGAAUCGCCGAGUGAAGUUCGAGUUGAGUAUGAGGAGUUUAAAACUGAUGUUACUGCUCUGUUUCUUGCUUCUCAUAAUGGAAAUUUAACACUCGUCAGAAAAUUACUGAGUGUUGGAGCAAAUGUGAAUCAGAAGCUGUUUAGAGGAUAUGCCACCACAGCAGCAGUAAGGGAGGGGCAUUUAGAUGUAUUAGAAGUGCUUGUAAAAUCUGGAGCAUCUCAGGAGGCAUGUGAGGAAGCUUUAUUGGAGGCAAGUUAUUUCGGACAAGCGAGGCAUGCAGAGGUGCUCAUUGGGUCCGACUUGAUUCGCCCUCAAGUUGCUGUGCAUGCUUUGGUCUCUGCUUGCUGCAGAGGGUUUGUCAAUUUAGUAGAUACUCUGAUUAAGUGUGGUGUAGAUGCCAAUGCAAUUGACAGAGUCCUUCUUCGUUCUUCCAAGCCAUCUUUACAUGCCAAUGUUGACUGCAAUGCACUUGCUGCAGCCGUCGUUAGCAGACAGAUAUCUGUCGUUAAAUUGCUGCUUCAGGUCGGUGUCAGGAUGGACAUCAAGGUGAGGCUGGGAGCCUGGUCUUGGGACAUGGAUACAGGCGAAGAAUUUCGAGUUGGUGCUGGCUUAGCCGAGGCCUACUUUAUUGUCUGGUGUGCUGUAGAGUAUUUCGAAGCUAGUGGUGCAAUACUGCGGAUGCUCCUAAAGAAUUUCUCUCCUAAUACGCUUCACUUCGGAAGAACUCUUAUACAUCAUGCUAUCUUAUGUAACAAUCCUAGAGCAGCAGAUGUGUUACUAAAUUGGGGUGCAGAUAAAGAAUUACCAAUUCAAACAGCUUCAAGAAAUGGCACUCACCCGAUUCAUUUGGCCGCGCGGCUCGGAUCAGAUAAAGUUCUCGAAAAACUGAUAGUUUCCGGCUGCAAUCUCGACUCUAGGACGAAUUCUGGAGAAACUGCUGUAAUGCUAUGUGCCAGAUAUAAGCAAAAAGAAUGUCUAAAAAUCCUGACAGCUUCUGGUGCUGAUUUUGGUUUAGUUGAUUCAGCCGGUCAGUCUGCUAGCUCAAUUGCAAUGUCAAACAGAUGGGCACUUAGCUUCCAAGAAGUUGUGGUAAGUGUGAUUCAAGCUGGCAAGAGCAUAAAAUCCAGCAAUGCCUCGGUUUUUUCGCCGGUAAUGUUCGUAAUACAAGCAAAUGAUAACGAGGCCUUGAAGAAACUCAUCGAGCGACCUGAUAUUGAUCUUGACGAACAGGACGAUGAUGGAUUCUCUGCUGCUAUGAUAGCUGCAGCAGGUGGUCAUGUCGAAGCAUUCAGACUACUCGUUUACGCAGGAGCUAACAUAAAGCUACAGAACAAAUACGGCGAAACAGCGAUAAGUUUAUCCGAAUUAAACCAACAUGAUGAAGUAAUUGAAAAGGUAAUGCUAGAAUAUGCACUUGAAGAAGGCUACAAUUAUUCAGCUGGAAUUCAUGCUCUACAUCGCGUAGCGCGUCGCGGAGACUUAAAUUUAGUUUUCAUGCUAACUAAAAGAGAUUAUGAUGUGAAUGAAUUUGACAAUGAUGGAUAUACUCCAUUAAUGUUAGCUGCAAGAGGAGGUCAUAGUUCAGUAUGUCAGCUACUAAUCUCACAUGGAGCAAGCUGUGAGAUUGAAAAUUCAAGAAAUGAAACUGCAUUGUCACUUGCAAGAAAGUAUAACGGGUGUGGACGUGAUUCAAAUGAAGCGGAAAAUGUGAUCCUCGACGAGCUAGCUAGACAGCUUGUUCUGCAAGGAACUCGGGUAAAGAAGCAUACAAAACGCGGUAAAGGAUCUCCUCAUUAUAAACUACUGAAGAUGAUAGGUGGUGCUGGAGUGUUGCGGUGGGGUAAGUCGAGAAAACGAAAUGUGAUUUGCAAAGGGGCUGAGGUCGGUCCAACCGAGAAAUUUGGUUGGAAUCGACGGAGGAAAUACGAUGUUGAAGAUCCGGGAAUGUUUCAUGUUAUUACUAUGAAAAAUAAGGAAGUGCAUUUUGUGUGUGAAGGUGGAGUUGAAAUGGCUGAAUUGUGGGUAAGAGGAAUCAAGCUAGUGACUAGAGAAGCUAUCUUUGGCAAGAAACAGAAGGAUUGGUGAAUGGUUAAUAAUAAUAAUAGGAUAAACCUUCGAGGAGAGCUUUGUCAUCUUAACGGAUCCUAUCCGGCUCGGUCCGGAUUAGUCCAGGCAAUGGCUCCGGACACAUCUGGCAGUAUCUAUACCAAAAAUAUAGGAUAGAAAAUCAGUUUGUUUGCAGUGUACUAGUAAUUUAUGCAAAGAAGGCGAUACUUAAGUUAAUACUCCAUUUAGUUAUAGAGGUGUGCGAAAAGCCAAAUCAAAUUUAACUGACAAAAAGAUUAUCGAACAAAUUAUAUUUCUCGGUUUGGUUUGAUUUGGCAGUAGAAAAAUAUUAGUUCACUUUUUGUGCAUACCGAGCUUACUAAUUUGGUUCAGUUU